AAACAAAAAUGUUAAAGAACCGCACGAAAUUAAUCGUUCAAUAAAAUAGUCGUAUAUCAAAUGUAUAUUUAUUAGAAAAUAAAAACUAAAGUUUAACUACUUCUAUACACCCAUUUUGCGCAUUUUUCAAAAUGCUAUCGGAAAAUCCGAUGGCUGAUCAGUUACUAAUUGCAAUAGUUCGAGAGCGUUUUGCAAUUGCUGAGAAAGUACUGGUUUAGUUUUACCCUUUUCUAGGGACUUUUUGUGAACAGUACGGUUUCGCUUGAAUUUGUACCCAAAUAAUGAUCCCACUUCAUCAGCUGUCAUCCCAUAAUGAUCUUUAGCUAAAACAUAAACUCUCCCCUCAACACUUUUGUUUUUAGUCAUUUCCUCAUACAACUCACGAAUCUUUUAUUAUAUGGUAAGUGGGUAUUGUAAGUUUUUAAUAAAAGAUUGUACCACAUUCCAAUUAUGUUGCAAAUAUCAUUUCUCGUAUCGAUCAUUUUUUCGCCGGAACAUUUAUUUUUUUUAUCCUUAUCAACGAUUAGCAAGGCGUCCGUUUUAGCAAUCACUUCAUUCCACUUCUCGUCUGAAAUAUCGGAACGUUUUCGCGGUUUUUCUUCUUUAAUAUACGUGAUCCACGUGAUAAUAUCUUCAGGGUCAACCUGCUGCACACCAUUUUUUUCUCUAUGCAGCCUCCGUUCUUCUCGUAGAAUGUUGCCAUCUCGUGUUACUAAUUUUUGAAGACAAACUU